AUGUCUGAAUCAGAGUCAGAUCAAGAUUUAAAUGUGUCGCAGUACGAUGUAGAGGACGAUCUAAAUGCGUACGGAUCACCGACAUACAUGGCGCAAGAAGCAGCUGUUGGUGAGUCUAGUUCAACACAAGUUGAACAGGGUAGAACGCAAGUGAGUAUAAAUACCCUUAGUUUCCUCGUUGUUUGAUUUAUGAUAAAUAGUUUGAUAGAAUAAAUGCUCCGUAUAUUAUUUAUUGAUCAAGUUCGUUUCAUUUUAGUUUUGUAGUUGCAAAAAUAUGUGUAGCAAACGCAGCGGUAGAAAGCAACAGGGAUGCCGAGACGAGGAGCUCAAAUGUGCGGAUGGCUGCUCAUGUGGAACGAAGAAGGCAUGUUGUAAAAAUAAGCUUCAAGUGGGAACAGUAGCAGCUACAAAUGCGGGAAGAAAUGCUUUUGAGCGUCAUCAGAUCGCGGUAGAGGAAGCGAAACAGUUGGCAAAAAGGAUAAGGUAUUGCUUGAACUUCUGUCAAAUGGUAAAGGUAGCCUUGAUUAUGCCAAAAAUCUGGUGCAAUUUGGAGGAAACCCCCCCCCCCCCCAAUUCUUCCAGGGACAAGGCCACCAUGGUGUACAUGUGGGGUAUGUCAACCAAUGCCAACUGA